AUGCGGCGCAGACUGUCCAUCGGUGAGCAGUUGAAGCAGGAUGAGCCGGACCUUCCAUCACUUCAAGACCAGGCACAGGUGCUGGGGCGUGUGGACCUCAACAAGCUUGAGUGCUAUCCCAUGGAAGAGGUGGAGGCGGCUGAUCAGGUGGCAGCACGGAUCACUCAGGCCAAGGAGCACUUCAACAAGCUCAAGUUCAACUUUAUCGAGCUGGAGACCAAGCGCGGGUUCCUGGAUGAGGUCAGCAGCGAGCGGGCGAUGGAAGUGAGGACGAGUGAGGAGCUGACCAAGCUCAACGGGGAGUUGGCGGAGACCAAGGCGUCAGUCCGCGAGCUGAGGGCCGACAUUGUGGCCCAGAAGGACGCGCUGACCGAGAUGACCUACACCUACGCAAAGCAGUACAGCGAGACGGCAGCAGCGCUGCCGCAGCUGGAGACAGACAUUGCGGCGCUGCUGGAGCGGCUGGAGGAGGCCGAGGAGGCCGCAGCGGUGGCCACCCAUCCGGUUGCCGGGCUGGCCGGACCGUACGCUGACAUGACGCCCGCCGAGGAGGUCGAGGCGCUGCGCCAGCGGCUGGCGGAUGAGCAGAUGCGAGCCGAGGAGCUGGAGGGCGCGUCGGCGGCGCUGAAGGACGAAAUGGCGCGGCUGGAUGCGGUCAAGGCCGAGACCACGGCUGAGAUCACCGAACUGCAGGCGUCGGUGCCUGGCGGCAGCGGCAUUGGCGCCGACGGCUCGCCUACCACCGAGCUAGCGUCGAUGGCGGCGUGGUACGAGAACGCGCUCGAGAAGCUCCAGUUGGUGACCGGCCUGGCACUGCUAGCCAUUGGCGAGCACAGCCUCGAGGUGGAGAUGGAGAUCACGCCGUCGUUCCGGCCGGUUGUCACGCUGUUCUUUGACGAGACCUCACGCAAGCUAGCGAGCCUCUCGGUCUCGCCGGCGGUUGACGGCCUUGUUGUCGAUGACAUUCUCGAAGCGGGUGCCAUGAUGAACCAUGACGUCCGGUUUGUGCUUCGCGAGCUCAAGGCUCGGCUGCGGACGCUGUGAGCCGCGCCAGAUCGCUCUUUGUAAACUGAUGUAAUGCCA